AUGCCUGAGGUUCCACACCCCCUCUCUGACCUCUCAGUCGAAGAGUCGAACCUUGCCAGAGAUGUCGUCCUCAAGCUUCAUCCUGGCACAGUCAUUGACUUUCGUGCGAUUUAUCUGUUAGAGCCAAACAAAGAAGACGUUGUACAAUUCUUGAAUAUUGAGCACGCGGGUAAACUGACGCCUGACACCCCAAGACCACCUCGACUUGCACAGGUGAAGUACGAUGUCAUCGGCGGCUCAGAACCCACGCGAUAUCACGAGUCCAUCAUCGAUGUUGUCAAAGUCGAAAGAGUCCGACAUACCGUUGUCGACCAGGAAUACCAUGCCAGUCUAUCCAUCUUCGAGUUUGAGAGGGUACUGGAAUGUGUCCAGAAAUCUUCAAUGUUCCAGGAGAAGAUGAAGUCUAUCGAGCUGCCUGAGGGCUUCGAGGUUGUCUUGGAACCGUGGCCAUACGGGGGUCCGGAUGAGGCUGACGGCCAGACACGAUUCUUCCAAACCUUAUGCUUUGGACGAGAUACGAGGAGCGGAAAUCCAGACUCCAACUUUUACGCUUAUCCUUUACCAUUCAUCCCCAUUGUAGACGCAAGAAAGAUGGAAGUUGUUCGUAUCGACCAACCCGCAACCGGCGGAAAGGGGGAACCGCUGACCGGUGUCUCCCACAAAACGCGAGUUUUGGAUCAUUGUCGCCCUGCCGAAUACGUUCCCGAACUGAUUCCAGGCGGCACCAGAACCGACGUCAAACCUCUCACAGUCGUCCAGCCCGAAGGACCAAGCUUCAAGGUUCCUGAGCCUAAUCUCAUUGAGUGGCAGAAGUGGCGAUUCCGACUUACGUUUAACCCGCGCGAGGGAGCCGUGUUGCAUGAUAUUCGAUAUGAUGGCCGAGACGUUCUGUACAGGCUGAGCCUUAGUGACAUGACCGUACCAUAUGCCGAUCCCAGAGCACCGUUCCAUCGUAAGCAGGCAUUUGACUUUGGCGAUGGUGGGUUAGGAAACUGCGUGAAUAAUCUUACCCUCGGGUGCGAUUGCCUUGGUGUCAUCAAGUACUUUGACGGUCUCGUCACAAAUUCCGACGGCUCCGCGGAAGUCACCAAAAACGUAAUCUGUCUACAUGAGCAGGAUAAUGGCAUUAAUUGGAAACACACGAACUGGCGUACUGGCAGAGCUGUUGUUACACGACGGAGAGAACUCGUAGUGAAUUGGCUGAUCACGCUUGCAAACUACGAAUAUGCGUUCCAGGCGGUAUUUGAUCAGGCCGCAGGCAUCAAAAUAGAGGCGAGGGCCACUGGGAUUGUGUCUGUGGUCAACAUUGAUGAAGGGAAAACCGCGCCGUGGGGGAAUGUUGUCAAUCCGGGCACACUGGCGCAAAAUCACCAGCACAUAUUCUGCCUGCGGAUAGACCCAGCUGUGGAUGGGCAUAACAACACCCUGGUCCAAGAAGAAAGUGUCCCAGUUGAGACGAACCCAGACACAAACCCUAACGGUAAUCUUUACGAAGUUCAGUCCACCGCCAUUACAACCUCCUCAGGACUUAAUCUGGAUCCUUUCAAAAACAGAGUUUUCAAAGUCCAAAACAUCUCAAAACGCAACCCGGUCAGCGGAAAGCCUGUUGGGUACAAGAUCACCACGCCGCCAACGCAGCUACUUCUGGCUGCGCCUAAUAGCAUUCAGUCGAAUCGUGCACUCUUCGCUAGGCAUCACCUCUGGGUUACGAAAUAUAAAGACGACGAGUUGUACGCUGGUGGUCGAUAUACCUUGCAAAGCCGAAACGAGAAGGGUGGUCUCGCUGAUGCCGCAGCUAGGAAGGAUAAAGUUGCUGAUGAGGAUAUUGUCAUCUGGUCCGUGUUUGGGCUAACACACAACCCCCGAGUUGAGGAUUGGCCGGUCAUGCCGGUAGAGAUGUUACAAGUACACAUUACUCCUUCAGACUUUUUCACUGGGAACCCCGCUAUAGACGUUCCAUCGAAUAAGGAUAUUGGAUCCAAACUGGCCAAUGGAGACUGCUGCGAGACUUCUAUUAACGGGACAGAUGCAUAA